AUGGCGCAAAACGAGCCAUCAAAUUCCAAUGAUGGUGAAUCCUUAAAGAGUGUGUUUGAUAGUGCAAUGAAAUUGUUCGAUAAAGUGGAAACCGGCAGCGAAGCCACCAACAGUGAUGCGGUGCAGAUGACUGUAAAAACAGCAAUAGCCAACUUUGAGAAAGCUACCAACUUAGUAUCCAUGUCAGGCAUGUUUAGUAAAAAUGAAGCCCUAGAGGAGUUACCAACGGAGACUCUUCAAUAUCUUCUAUUGCCUGCACUAUUGGGAACACUUACAUUAAAACUAUGCAAUCAGCCUAGAAAAGAUAUCAUUAAUGUGGCUGAAAUUUACUUCAAGGACUUCAUACAGCGAUGUAAAGAUUAUGGAGUCACAGAUGUUGAAAUUCCACAAACUGCUAGUGAUGAUAGUAAUGCCACUAGAUCUCAAACUGAACAGGCUAAAAUAGCUACCAUGGUGCUUACACGUGAGGCGAAAAUAAAGAGAUACAAUGCGUUGAAGGAGCUCAAAGACAAAUUAAGCACUUUAUCAAAAUCCAUGGAAUCUCCAAAUGUAGAUGAUCAGACAAAGAGAGAAUACUUCACAACCCUCUUAUUGAAUUAUGUGAACCAAGUCCUGGAUGAACUAAACAGUAUUGAACAGGAAAAGCCAAUUUUGGAGUAUAUGUCUAAACAUGCAGGAGAAAUAAAACCAAAACAUCGUGAGCGUGCCCCGCCCCUAAAGCCAGUUAUAAUAACACGUGAUGCGAUACAAAAGGCCGUGUAUGGGGCCGGAUACCCUUCAUUGCAUACUAUGACCAUUGAGGAAUUCUAUGACAAACGAGUCCAGGAGGGAACGUUUCCAGCCGCAUCAAAUAUUCCACACAAAACAAUACAGAAUACAGAAACAGAUGGAGAUGAAACUGAGCAAAUAAAAAAGGAGCAACUAGUAGAAGAUGAAGAUCCCGAAGAGUUAGCACGCCAACGAAGUAUGGACGAAUACAAGGACGACCACAGACGUGGAUGGGGCAACAGACAUAACAGGAGCUAG